GAGGCCCCCCAAAAAAAGAUGUAAAAUAUGUCUGACCGGAGCCGCUGUAUUAAGACUCGUCUUCGUUCGAUUCGGGGAUUCAGAUCACAAGUACACCGAGAAUGGCGUCGUACCGGCCGCCAUAUCCUCCCCUUCCUCAGCCACCACCCCAAAAUCCUUUGGCCCCUCCGCCUCCUCCGCCGUCUUUACCCCCUCCUGUUCCUCCCCCACCACCGUCGCAUCAACCGUACUCUUAUCCUCCGCCGCCUCCCCCUCCGCAUGCUUACUAUCAGCACUAUCCUCAAUUCAACCAGCUCCAAGCUCCUCCUCCGCAUCCUCCUCCAACUCCUCCUCCUCCACCUCCGUCAGCUCCUCCUCCCCUCGUUCCCGAUCCUCCUCGAAACCAAGGGCCCAAUGACCGCGACAAAGGGGCCUCUAAGCAGGUGGGAAGGCGGGAGCGUGCUAAACCGGAUCCAUCCAAGCACCACAGGUCUCAUCUUUACCAUACGAAGAAAUUUGAGACCGAAGAAGAGAGGAGGCUUAGGAAGAAGAGGGAGUUAGAGAAACAAAGGCAAGAAGAAAAACUUAGACAUCAGAUGAAAAAUUCUCACAAGUCUCAAAUGCCCAAGGGACACACCUCCGUUGUUGGAUCUCGCGCCGAGGAGAAGAAGCCGACGCCUCUACUCACCACCGACAGGGUCGAGAAUAGGUUAAAGAAACCAACGACCUUCAUCUGCAAGCUCAAGUUCCGGAAUGAGCUCCCUGACCCUAGUGCACAGCUUAAGCUUAUGACCAUUAAACGGGAUAAGGAUCAAUUUACAAAGUAUACCAUCACAUCGCUGGAGAAAUUAUGGAAACCAAAGAUCUUUGUCGAGCCUGAUCUUGGAAUACCCUUGGAUCUCCUUGACAUAAGUGUAUACAACCCUCCCAAAGUCAAGGCACCUCUUGCCCCUGAAGAUGAAGAACUGUUGCGUGAUGAUGAUGCUGUUACUCCUAUUAAGAAAGAUGGCAUCCGGAGAAAAGAAAGACCAACUGAUAAAGGUGUUUCCUGGCUCGUGAAAACACAAUACAUUUCUUCUAUUAAUAAUGAAUCGGCAAGACAGUCGCUAACUGAGAAGCAAGCAAAGGAAUUGCGAGAGAUGAAAGGGGGCAUAAACAUCUUGCAAAAUCUGAACAAUAGAGAGAGACAAAUCAAGGAUAUUGAAGCAUCCUUUGAGGCAUGCAAAUCUCGACCAGUUCAUGCCACCAAUAAAACCUUGCAACCGGUUGAAGUUUUACCACUCUUGCCAUAUUUUGAUAGGUACGAUGAGCAGUUUGUGGUAGCAAAUUUUGAUAGUGCUCCUACAACUGAUUCUGAAUGCUUUGGCAAGUUGGACCCUUCAAUUCGUGAUGAACAUGAGUCACGGGCCAUUUUGAAAAGCUAUGUGGUGGCUGGAUCAGACACGGCCAAUCCAGAAAAAUUUCUGGCGUACAUGGUUCCUUCCUUGGAUGAGUUGUCUAAGGAUAUGCAUGAUGAAAACGAAGAUAUCUCUUACACAUGGGUUCGCGAAUACCACUGGGAUGUACGCGGCGACGAUGCAAACGAUCCUGAAACAUACCUGGUAUCAUUUGACGAUGGGACCGCUAGCUAUCUGCCCCUACCCACUAAGCUGAACUUGAGGAAAAAAAGGGCCAGGGAAGGAAGAUCUUCUGAUGAGAUUGAACACUUUCCAGUACCUUCAAGGGUGACUGUAAGGCGAAGAUCAACUGUAACAGUGAUAGAACAUAAAGAUUCAGGGGUUUACUCUUCUAGGGUUGGUGCUUCGAGCUCCAAGAUGAGAAGGUUAGAGGACGAAGAAGGCCUUGGUAGAUCCUGGAAACACGAGCCGGAACAAGAUGCCAAUCAAUAUAGUGAUGGUAAUGAGGAUGAUUAUUCUGAAUGAACGUUUCAUGUACUUCAAACUAUUCAAUCAAUCUUCCAACGGUGUGUAAAGUAUCCUGCAAGUCUACUUGUAGCCUCGUGAUUUGGCAAGUAAAGAAAUAUUCAUUUGGAUAGCUGCAGAAGUUGAGAAAUUAGUUUACAUGUACACGUCCAUGGUUGAUGAUAUGGCCAUGACGUUAGGCUUUA